CCCCGUCCCGUCCGUGAGUCACGGCGGGCGGGGGCUGCCGGCACGGCGGAGCAUCGCGGGCACCUCCGAGCUAUGGCCCUGGCGCUCGUCCUGCUCCUGCUGCUGCUGCCGCCGGGACACGGUGGAGCUGCGGGGCUGGAGGAGAAGCUCACCCAUGUUGAGAAGUACGAGACAGUGAUGCCACACAGGGUGCUGGUGCCGCGGUGGAAGAGGGACCUCUCUGUGCCACCAAGCAUCUACCCUGACCGUGUCCUCUACAGCAUCCGUGCUGAAGGCAAGGAGUACCUCCUCAGGCUGGAGAAGAACAAGGCACUGCUGGGGCAGCACUACACCGAGACGCACUACUUGGCCGAUGGCACAGAAGUCACGGAGAAGCCGGAUGUUCAGGACCACUGCUUUUAUCAGGGCCAUGUGCAAGGACACGCCAACUCAGCGGCGAGCAUCAGCAACUGCGGCGGGCUCAGUGGGUUUUUCCAGGUGAAUGGGACCAUGUUCCUGCUGGAGCCUCUGGAGCAGGAUGCUGCUGGCCUGCACGCAGUGUACAGAGCAGCUCACCUGAGGGGGAAGCGCGGGACAUGCCGGGAGCCCGGUGCCACUCUGGAAUACGACCACGAGCCAAAAAUCCCUGCAGCCAUGAAGCUCCACCGCUGGAAAUCCACUCCAUUACACAAAGGUCCCCGAUACGUGGAGCUGGUCCUGGUUGUGGACAAUGAAGAGUUCCGGAAACACAAGGACUUGCGCACGGUGCAGAACCGCAUGAAGGAAAUCGUGAACCAUGUUGACAAGCUUUAUCAGCCUCUUCGCCUGCGGGUGGCCUUGAUCGGCCUGGAGGUGUGGAGCUACAAGGACAAGAUCGUGGUCAGCCCCAACCCAGAGGUGACGCUGGACAACUUCCUGCACUGGCGGGAGGCAGAGCUGCUGCGGAGGAAGCCUCAUGACAAUGCCCAGCUCAUCACGGGCAUAGACUUCCAUGGCACGACUGUAGGGCUCGCCAAGAAGCUUGUGAUGUGCACCAGGGACUCCGGUGGUGUCAACCAGGAUCACAGCACAAAUCCCAUUGGUGCUGCAUCCACCAUGGCUCAUGAGAUGGGGCACAACCUGGGGAUGUCUCACGAUGAAGAUGUGGCCGGCUGCCGCUGUCCUGUCCCCAAAGCUGAUGGAGGCUGUGUCAUGGCAGCAAGUGUUGGCUUGGUUUACCCCAAGCUGUUCAGCCGCUGCAGCGAGCAGGACAUGUGGCAGUUCCUCGGGGACCCCAGGACCAGCUGCCUGCUGAACGUCCCCAGGGCAGACGAGCUCUAUGGGGGGCCUGUGUGCGGGAACCAGUUUGUGGAGCGGGGAGAGCAGUGCGACUGCGGCGUGCCGGAGGAGUGCUCUGACAACUGCUGCAACGCCACCACUUGCCAGCUGAGAGAGGGAGCCGAGUGUGCCCGGGGGGAAUGCUGCCAGGACUGCAAGGUGAAGGCUGCUGGUGUGCUCUGCCGGGCCAGCAAGAACGACUGUGACCUGCCCGAGCACUGCACCGGGCUCAGCGCCGAGUGCCCAGAGGAUGUGUUCCAGGAGAAUGGCAUCUCCUGCCACAACGGCAAUGGCUACUGCUACAACGGGGCCUGUCCCUCACACAGCGAGCAGUGCCGUGCGCUCUGGGGCGCAGAGGCCCAAGUGGCUCCUGAUGUCUGCUUUAAGCACAACAGUGAGCAACACCUUCAUCUCCACUGCCUCACCGAGUACGGGAAGCGGCCCUGCAGCCCCAAGGACGUGAAGUGCGGCACGCUGCUGUGCCUGAGUGACAACACCAGCCCCGUCCUUGGUGCUGGCUCCUACUCCCUCUUCUUCGGCCGCUUCAAGUGCAAGGCGGUCAUCGCCAGCAGUGAUGCCAACGAGGUGGUGGCCAAGCUCAGGCUGGUGCCCACUGGUGCCAAGUGUGGAGAGGAGAUGGUCUGCUAUGGCGGGCGCUGCCAGAACCUCCUGGUCUACGGCAACAAGAACUGCUCGGCCAAGUGCAACAACCAUGGGGUGUGCAACCACAAGCGGGAAUGUCACUGUGAGCCGGGCUGGGCAGCGCCCUACUGCGAGCACCAGAUCUCGGGGAUGGCGGCAGGGAGCAGCAGCGUGGUGGUGGUGGCCGUGCUGGCCGUGCUGGCGCCCUGCGGCAUCCUGCUGUGCGGCGGCAUCCUGCUCCUCAGAGGCAGGGGUGCAAAGCGCUUCCAGAAAGGGUACUGCCCGCCCCCUCCGCCCCACGGCGGGGCCGAGCGCAGCGGGUGUCUGAAGCAGCUCCACACCGUCCCUGUGCCCCACAGGAGGAGCUCCAGCGGCCCCACCGCAGGCCUGGCCAACCCGCUCUUCCCGGAGGGCGGCCACACGCGGCGCCCCCGGCAGCCGCUCUCCCACCGCGACAUCGGUCCCCCCAGCCUGCUCAGCAGCACGGCGGCCCCUCGUGGGGCCCGGGCCCUUGGGCCCUGCCGCCCGGCCCCAGAGCCGCCGGCUCCGGUCCCCCCGGUGAAAUCUCCAGCGGCUCCAGGCCAGCCCCUGCAGGCGAAGCCGAAGCCACCCCGCAAGCCUCUCCCAGCCCUGAAGAGCAAGGCCCCGUGCAGUGACAGGUUGCCACCAGGAGCAGCCCCUGCACCAUCCCCUGCCUUGGUGUCUCAGCGGGGCACACCCCCGAAGGUGGCCCUGAAGCCCCCCGUGGCCAGGAGGUGACCAAGGAUGCUCCAUGUGCCACCGCAGCCGGGCUGCUGAGAGGCCCCGCAGGGAGCUGCCGCCUCGCUUCCACCCUUACUUGAACCCCUCUGCAAUGCCCCAGGGGGGCACCAGUGUUUACAGAUUCUCGAGUUGUGCCUUAACAGACUCCACAGCGCCGUGGGGCUUCCCGAGGACACCGGGAGCAGGGACAAUGCCAGUGCUGGUUCUGAGGCUCUCCUGUGCCCUGGGAGCUGCUGCCUUCUCUCCCGACGUCCUGAAUGUGUCCUGCUCCUCCUGCCCCUUCCCGCUGCCCCGACUUGGGACAGUCCCGCUGGGGGCUGUGGCAGGUCCAAGCCAGGCUGGGGCUUCCUAACGGGGCUUUUAUCUCUGCACUGACCACUUGAGUCACCGUUCGGAAAGGGAAUUUCCUGGGAGCCUUUUUACUGCAGCUGUUAACUUAUGACCCUGAUGUGACCAUUUUGUUGUAAAACCUCCCUGUUUUUUACAUGAUUUCGGUUUGAAGGCUUUUAUACCAAUAAAGACUGAAUGUAC